AUGCUAAACAAGAACCUCAAGCGCCGUCAUUCAUCCUCGUCGUCGCAGUCUUCUUCGUCGUCCUCAUCAUCAAUUUGCUCUUCAAAUUCUUUAACAGAAGAGGAAAAUAAUAACCAUAGUUCAAAUUCCAGCCUAAAUCGUAAUCAGCAACAACAAACUGUUGCUACUUCAUCACAUCUCCCUAGAAAUGUAAAUCUCGGAGGCUCUAUUCAUGGUGUAGUCAUGGCAAAUGCUACCGUAAUUUCUCCAAAUGAUUUAAAAGCAAGCGGACAGAAGGUGUUCCAGGCUAACCCAUCUCCAGGUCAUCAAAACGUUCCUCAAAAGAAGAAGAAACGAAAAUCCCCCUCACAGAAACAAAAUCCAUCUUCUUCUUCAUCGGGAACAUCUCCAUCAUCAUCAAAUACAAAUCAUAGCUUGCCCAACAACUCCAACCACACUCACGACUUGCCAGCACAAUCUCAAAACAAUGAUACUUUUCAAAAUUCAGCGCUCAGGUCCAAAAUUACAAGCGAGCAAAUAGCAUACUGCCCAUCUUGCGCCUUUAUCGGAAACAAAUCACAUUUACCUCAGUCUGUACUUUCGGUGAGCGUGGAAACAAAUUUUAAUUCGCAAACUGUUUCAUUGAACGAAAGAUAUGAACCAAUUUACCAUCAAUUUUUAGUGAAAUUGGUUGUAACAAGGCCGUUUAACAGGCUAAGCUUUCAUUUAAAUUCCUUUGAAAGUAAGAAUAGUGUUGUUUUUAAUGUAAAUAGAGAGCCUAGCCCAAUUGAGGAUGGAAACAUCCAUCAAUUAGCGAUUUCUUUUUCUUCCAUUUAUUUAUCAGAGGCAAUUUUAACAGAUCCACUAAUAUCAUCCACAAAUUUACCAUUUCUAACUGAAAAAUCCGUAAAACCCUUUAUUCAUUUUGGAAACAUUGAUUGUCGAGGAAAUGAAAUAUUUAUUCCUCUUCAAUUUUUGUGUGAAAAUCCAGAGAAAUACCUGUGUCAACAUUACCAAAUUGCGUCAUCAACUGCUAAUGAAUAUCAAGGAAAAUUUAUUAUUGGAGGAACAUUGCAUGUUCAAGCUAUUGUCCACGAGUCUACAUCACAGCCAUCCCAUGGAUCAACUAGCAGCUCAUCUACGGUUUUAGGAAGUUCUGAAGUGAAAUUUACCUUUCCAUUCUCAGUGAACAAGACUACUAUUUCUCCCAAUCUUCCAACUAAUUUACUGCAAGGAGAUUUACCGCUGAUAUAUCACGAUAUUCGUACCAAUGGUAAAGGCGCUCUGCUUUGGUAUCCUAUACAUGUACCGUUUUUGUCACCUGGGCUUAAAUUACUUUGUCUCUUAGCUCAUAAUUCUUCAUCUGAUAAAUAUCGAGAUUUGUUUGGAAAAAUGUCCAAUGAUAGCGAGCAACGAUAUUUGAAUGUAGGAUCUCUAUUAUUGGAAUUUAUUAAUGGUUUAAUGAGCGAGCAAAAGAAGCGAUAUUCUUACGUGUAUGAGCUAAAAAAUCAGCAAGUUUUCCCAAUGCAUGAAAAAAAGACAGUGAAAAUACUGACUCAUAGUAACCUUCACAAAUACAAAAUUGGAGAUGAAGGCUAUAUAACUAACCAGAAUUUUUAUACUUCAGAACAUUCAGAUAUUUUGUGGCAACAAAACAAGUGCCUCAUCAAAAUUUUACAAUAUGGAGUGUGCAAAAAGUAUAUUAACGUGAGUCCUUACGACUCUCUCUCUUCUACAAAUGAAGGUGACAAUAUUGAGAUUGUAUAUCUCAUAGAGUACCCAACUAAACAUGGUCCAAAAAACGUGUUUAUUAUUGAAUCAGAAAUUCAACCUGUUGGAGCUCCUCCUACAGAAAUAUCCGAAGAAGAAGCCAAAACAAAAGAAAGUAAUGAAAAAUUAUACAAUGAGGCAUUGCAGGAGGUGUACAACAUUAAUACGCAAGAUUUGUUAAAUUUGGAGAAGAAAUACCAACUACAACAGUUGAAUGAACAGCCAGAAUAUCAUCAAACAAACCACUUUAAAGGAGAUUUACAUUUACACGGUAAUUUAUUAAUCAAGGGUCAUGUGAAAAUUGAAAGACAAGCGUCCCAAGUGGAGCGAGUAAUUAUGAACAUUGAUACCAAACACCAUGACUAUUAUAUGUUAUAUAUCGAUAGCAUACCUUCGGAUGUACCAAUCAAAGUGAUGCUAUGUUUCUGCUCACGUCUUGCACAUGAUCAUUCUGUGAGAGUACAACCCAUUACCAUCAUUGAAACACCCAACCAUUUCAUUUAUCCAAAACCUGAAAAAACAGAGUCCAUUUCUGAGGUGUGGUUUGAGUGCAGGUCCACAACGAACACUAAGGAAAAAUUGGAAACGACAACUCCACUUCCAUUUCUGACACCAAGCGAUGUAAAAAACACAGAACCAACAGAUGUACUCAUUCCAUUGUCGUGGCAACAUUAUUUCAAAUCUGCUGCAACUCUUGAAAAAUAA